AAAAAAUGAGCGAAAGAUGAUGGGUUGUUAUGAUGUCACAUAAGUAAUUUUUAGUGUCCCUAGCAAGGAUGUCGGAAGUGUAUCGUCGUUUAUCUGUUAUCUGUCGAACGCGACCCUAUCAUCCCAUUUUUCGCCAUCCCUCACAGGCCAUUUUGUUUUCGACUCGGACAGGUGUGCUGCGUUGCCAAUUGGACAUCCCAUUCUGUAUGGGGUCAUGACAACCUCCUUCUUACCCUACUGUUUAUUAAUUGUUGGAUUAGCUGUAUUCCCUUUCACUGUAAGCAGUCUCCCAAUCGAAGAUGGCUCUGGAUGGAUCCCCGUCAAAGAUGAUUACAGAGCUAGCGAACUCGCUAGCUCCGGAGAGGAGCAGCCCGGUACGUUGAAGUGA